AUGGGAUAAUCUAAUUCAACUAAAAAGACUGUGCUAAUCAUAGGUGGGAGCUUUGGUGGUUUAACUGCUGCAAAAAUUUUAGCAAAAAAAUUUAAUGUAAUUGUCGUUGAUAAAAAAACAUUCUUUGAAUUUACUCCCUCCUUCCACUAUGCCCUCUAAAAUCCUGAUUACAUUGAUAGAAUAACUGCAGAUAUUUAAAACUACGCAAAUAAAAAUAACUUUAAAUUUAUUAGAGCAUCUGUUACUAAACUAGAUUCCAACUAAGCAACUCUUUAAGAAUCUAAAGAUAAUUUCUAAACGGUGUUAUUCGAUUAUUGUAUUAUUGCUACAGGUUCAAACUAUGCUUCAUCUGUCAAAUCUACUGAAGAAAUUUAGACACUUUAACAAAGAAAGGAAUAAAUGAAAUAAUUAAUAGACAAAUUUAAUAAAAGUAAAAAGGUGCUUGUUGUUGGAGGAGGUGCUGUUGGUGUUGAAAUAGCUGGAUUAGUCAAGGAUUAAUUCAAGCACUUAUAAGUAGAACUCUGGACUAAGCCAUAAGAGCUAUUACCUUAAUUCCCAAAAAGAGCUAGAAGGUUAGCAGAUAGUGCACUAAAAAAAUUAGGUAUUAAAAUAGAAUAUGGAAAAGCAAUUGAAAAACUACCUGAAUCAUAAUAUGACUAUAUUUUUGAUUGUAGAGGAAAUAUUUAUUCUCCAAGUUUCAUGAUGAAUGAAGUUUUCAAAUAAUAUGUUGACUCAAAAGGAAGAAUAGUGGUUGAUUAAUUCAUGAGAUUAGAGAAUCAUAAGCACAUAUUUUGUAUUGGUGACGCCUGCAUAACUCCUAAUGAUGAACCCAAAAUGAGUUAUAAUGCUAGUAUUUAAGGAUAGUUUGCUGCCUAAAAUAUUAUUAAGACUGAAAACAAUGACACCUCUUUAAAAAGAUUAGUUGAUUCUUCUAAUAUCUACAAUAUCACUACUUCAAAAAAAUAAGCCAUACUUUGUUUAGGAGAAAAGAUUGCAUUUGAGUCUAUUACAGUAUAUUACACAAAAAUGAUGAUUGAAAUUAUAACAUGUUAAUCUUUCAAGGGAUCAUCAUUCUAUGGUGUUGUAGGAGAUAUGUAAAAAUCGCUUUUAAUCUUUAUGGCUUAUGUUUUUAGCAAAAUUAAUAGAAAAAAAUAUUAAAACUAAAAUUUAGAUUCUUCCACACAUUAUUAAAAGUUAAAAUGA